CUGUAACCUACAUACAGACUGCAUAGUAUGGCCAUGUUAGGUACAGACUGUCCUAGUGCUCCACCGGAUCUUGCGAAGUGCAGCCAGGAAGCUCCAUAGAAUCCACGUCGCCAAGAAGACUCUCAGCUCCAAACCAGUCUACCAGCCCGACUCGUGUCUCAGGGUGGCCGGGCACUUCGACCAAACACUACCCGCAGACGUGGAACCAUGCCUCUCCGGUUAGACAUCAAGCGGAAGCUGACCGCUCGGUCAGACCGUGUGAAGAGUGUGGACCUGCACCCAACUGAACCAUGGAUGGUUGCCAGCCUGUACAAUGGCAGUGUCUGUGUCUGGAACCAUGAGACACAAACCCUGGUGAAGACAUUCGAGGUGUGUGACCAGCCUGUGAGAGUGGCUAAGUUUGUGGCGAGGAAGCACUGGGUCAUCGCUGGAGCAGAUGACAUGCAGAUCCAUGUGUUUAACUACAACACUCUGGAGAGAACUCACAUGUUUGAGGCCCACUCUGACUACAUCCGCUGCAUCGCAGUCCACCCAACACAACCUUACAUCCUUACCAGCAGUGAUGACAUGCUGAUCAAGCUGUGGGACUGGGACAGGAAGUGGGUGUGUGGUCAGGUGUUCGAGGGCCACACCCACUAUGUCAUGCAGAUCGUCAUCAACCCUAAAGACAACAACCAAUUCGCCAGCGCCUCCCUAGACAGGACCAUUAAGGUGUGGCAGCUGGGUUCUUCCACCCCUAACUUCACUCUGGAGGGCCAUGAGAAAGGAGUCAACUGUAUCGACUACUACAGUGGAGGGGACAAGCCCUACCUUAUAUCAGGAGCAGACGACCGCCUGGUCAAGAUCUGGGACUACCAGAAUAAGACGUGUGUGCAGACUCUAGAGGGCCAUGCCCAGAAUGUGUCCUGUGUCAGCUUUCACCCUGAGCUGCCAAUCAUCCUCACUGGCUCCGAGGACGGCACAGUGAGAGUCUGGCAUUCCAGCACGUACCGCCUGGAUAACACACUGAACUAUGGGAUGGAACGUGUGUGGUGUGUGUGUGGCCAGCGAGGCGCCAACAGUGUGGCGCUGGGAUAUGAUGAAGGCAGCAUCAUCAUCAAGUUGGGCCGUGAGGAGCCAGCCAUGUCUAUGGACUCUAACGGUAAGAUCAUGUGGGCCAAGCACUCUGAGGUGCAGCAGGCCAACCUGAAGGCCAUGGGAGAGGCUGAGAUACAGGACGGAGAGAGGCUGUCUCUGGCUGUCAAAGACAUGGGCAGCUGUGAGAUUUAUCCCCAGACCAUCCAGCACAACCCCAACGGCAGGUUUGUGGUGGUGUGUGGGGAUGGAGAGUACAUCAUCUACACUGCAAUGGCCCUGAGGAACAAGAGCUUUGGUUCAGCACAGGAGUUUGUCUGGGCCCACGACUCCUCAGAGUAUGCUACUCGGGAGAGCACCAGCAUGGUCAAAAUCUUCAAGAACUUCAAGGAGAAGAAGUCUUUUAAACCAGACUUUGGGGCAGAAGGUAUCCACGGUGGGUUCUUGCUGGGCGUGAGGUCAGUGAGUGGUCUGGCCUUCUACGACUGGGAGAACACAGAACUGGUCCGCCGCAUUGAGAUCCAGCCUAAACAUAUCUUCUGGUCAGAGUCUGGGGAGCUGGUUUGUAUCGCCACGGAGGAGUCUUUCUUUGUGCUGCGCUACCUGGCUGAGAAAGUGGCAACAGCACAGGAGACCAAGGAGGGAGUCACUGAGGACGGGAUAGAGGACGCCUUCGAGGUGUUGGGUGAGAUUCAGGAGGUGGUGAAGACAGGUCUGUGGGUGGGAGACUGUUUCAUCUACACCAGCUCAGUCAACAGACUCAACUACUACGUAGGAGGAGAGAUCGUCACCAUCGCCCACCUGGACAGAACUAUGUACCUGCUGGGCUACAUCCCUAAGGAUGACCGUCUGUAUCUGGGUGAUAAGGAGCUGAACAUCGUCACUUACUCUCUGCUGGUGUCAGUGCUAGAGUACCAGACUGCUGUAAUGAGGAGGGACUUUGGGAUGGCCGACAGGGUCCUACCCACCAUCCCUAAAGAGAUGAGGACCAGGGUCGCCCACUUCCUAGAGAAACAGGGUUUCAGGCAGCAGGCCCUGGCUGUGUCCACAGACUCAGAACACAGGUUUGAGUUGGCUCUGCAGCUAGGAGAACUGAAGAUCGCCUACCAGCUGGCUGUAGAAUCCGAGUCGGAGCAGAAGUGGAAGCAGCUGGCAGAGCUGGCCACCACUAAGUGCCAGUUUGGCCUGGCCCAGGACUGUCUGCACCAUGCCCAGGACUAUGGAGGGCUGCUGCUGCUGGCCACAGCCUCGGGCAACGCCAGCAUGGUGGGCAAGCUGGCAGAGGGGGCAGAGAGAGACGGCAAAACCAAUGUGGCUUUCCUUACCUAUUUCCUCCAGGGGAAACUGGACAAAUGUUUGGAGCUCCUCAUUAAAACCAACCGGCUGCCAGAGGCUGCAUUCCUGGCCAGAACGUACCUGCCCAGCCAUGUGUCUAGGUACAGCACUGGCAGAGUGGUGAAGCUGUGGAAGGAGAGCCUGGGGAAGGUGAACCAGAAGGCAGCUGAUGCGUUGGCUGACCCUACAGACUACAGCAAUCUGUUCCCCGGCCUACAGGAGGCCUUCCUGGCCGAAGACUACCUGAAGGAGACCCACGUCAGGCUGAGGCCUGCCGCAGAGUACCCCCUCAUCACCCCCAAUGAGGAUAGGAAUGUCCUGGGGGAAUCUGCAGACUUUGUGCCAAAAGUAGUGCCGGCUGAACCAGAGGAGGUUGCUGGGAGCAUGGAUGAAACCCCUGUAUUGGUAGCAGUGGUAGAAACCCCCGUAAUGGCAGCAGUGGUGGAGGCUGCAGCUCCAGAAGCUCCAGUAGUGGAAGAGUCCAUUGUCAUGGAACAGGUAGAGCCUGUUGUGGCUGCAGUGGAGGAGUUUAUCCCAGCAGUAGAAGAAUCUAUCCCAGUGACAGAAGUGGAACCAACUAUGGCUGCAGUGGAAGAAUCCAUUGAGAUGGCAGAGGAGGAACCCAUUAUUGUUGAAGUGGAAGCUCCCAAGCCAGAGGAGGCAACAGCAGUGGAAGAUACCAUCACUAAGAUAGAGGUUCUUGUCACCAUAGAAAACGGCACAGAAGCACCCCUCUUGGCGCCAGAGGUAGCACAGUCCACCUCAGAGGAAGAAGUCAUAGCAACACCAAAGGAGGCUGUUGAGGAAGAACCUGCGACAAUGAAGCCCAUAGCAACAGAUGCACCUAUUACCGAGUUGGUCACAGAACCAAUUGUAACAGAAGCACCAGUUGCAGAGGCAACAGAAUCAGAACCUGUUACCAUAGAAGCGGUGGUGGAAGUUGAAGCACCCAUUGCCGCAGCAGUACUAGAAGCCAUAGCAACAGAACCCACGGUUACAGAGGAAGUAACAGAACCCAUAGCAACAGAACAAGCACCUGUUACCAUAGAAGUGGCAGUGGCAGCAGAAGCACCCAUUACUGAGGCAGUAGCAGAACCCAUAGCAGCAGCUGAAGAAGCCCCAGUCAUUGUAGAAGAGAAUGAACCUGCUCUAGCCCCAGUCAUAGACCCAACCCCAGUCCUAGCCCCAGCCAUAGACCCAACCCCAGUCCUAGCCCCAACCACAGUCCUAGCCCCAGCCAUAGACCCAACCCCAGUCCUAGCCCCAGCCAUAGACCCAACCCCAGUCCUACCCCAAGUCAUAGACCUUAGUCCUGUCCUAGCCCCAGCCAUAGACCCAACCCCAAUCCUAGCCCCAGCCAUAGACCCAACCCCAGUCCUACCCCAAGUCAUAGACCUUAGUCCUGUCCUACCCCCAGCCCUCGGCUCAACCCCACACAUAGAUAUAGCCCCAGAACCAGUCAUAGACCUAGCCCCAGCCGCAGCCAUAGAUCCAGCUCCAAACCCAGCCGUAGAGGACCAGGCUGCAGCAGCCCCAGCAGUAGAGCCCCUACCAGCCCUCAUCCAGGUGGUUCCACCAGGCCCAGAACCAGGCCCUGCAGCCCCUCUAGCUGCCCCCUUAGAGGGUAAAGGAGUGGAGGAGGCAGCCCCUGCAGCAGUAGCGGUAGCAGCAGUGUCCAUGGACCUGCUGGACCUGAAUGAUAAAUGGAAUGAUGAGGAGGGCCUUGACGAUCUGGACCUGGACAACUUUGAUCUGGACGAUGACAUCGACACCACAGAUGUCAAUCUGGACGAUGACUUCUUAGACGACUGAAAGUCUUGGUGGAGAAAUCUCUUUAAAGUGACCAAAGAACACGUAGUGUGGGAGUGUGUGUGGGUGAAUGGGAGUGUGUGUGGGUGACGGGGGUGUUUUUACCUUUACAGUGAAACUGGUGAAAGGUGGGGUGGAUGAGUUUAUGUCUUUCUAUCUUUAUACAUGAACUGUGAAACACCGUGGGAGGGGGUUUGUAGAAUGCUUUGGGUGAUAAUGGGAUGUACAGGGUUCAUUCAUUAGGAACGAACGCAGGACAUUUUUUGAAACGGGAAACAAAUGUGCCUUCUUAUUGAACAGGUACAAAUUUACUGUGUCAAAUAGAUUUCUCUGGUUUCGCACAUGCUGAACACGACCCUGGGUUGUAUUCAUUAGUCGUAUUUCGUUGCAAAACAUUUUGCAAUGGAAACUGUUUACUCCAAAUACAAAACAAGUUUCUAUUGCACAAAUUCAGGUCGGUUCCUAGAGUAAACUUUUUCCAUUGCAAAAUAUUUAGCAAUGGAAUCCAACUAAUGAAUACACCAACUGUCACAUUGACCUACAGUAUAGAAUGAUAGUGUGAACCAGAGGGGUCAUGGGUUUGAAAUGUUUACCGUAUCCUCUCACAUAGGAAGAGAAUAGUUUACUACACUACAGUACCUCUUACCCCUAGCUAACCAGGCUUGGGUCUAUCUUUCAUUAGUUAGGUUCUCUCCACAGGUGAUGAGCUUGUCAUCAGUAUACCUCUACAUGUCAUGGCAAGCAUGCUGCUCUGUCAUGGUCUAGUGUAGGGUUGCCCAACCCUGUUCCUGGAGAGCUACUCUCCUGGAGGUUUUCGUUCCAACCCCAGGUGUUAAUAACCUGA